AAUGAAAAGUUUAUUCUUGUGCAGGAUUUUUCAUUUUUGUGAUACAUCCAAAAAUCAUAGCUAAAUGGAACAAUUACGGGAAGUGUUGGACGGCGAAAGCUACAAACUUUUAACAGAUAACAAAGUAACCGAUCGUUCACUCAUGUUGCUGGCCGACAGUGAUUUGGUGACAAUCGGAAUUACUGCUAUAGGGCCUCGGAAGAUAAUUCUGGCCGCUAUCGAAAAGUUGUAUGCCAUCCAAUUGCACUCACAAUCUCGUUCUGAUGACAUUAAUGACACAGCUCACGAGCUGAAUACCGAACGAAUCGGUAAACAGGAUCUGAGAGCAAAACUUGUCGAGGAUGCUGCGUUCCGAAAUGUUGUUUACAAUCAGCUGGACCAGAACAUUGUCCCGAAAGUAAAACACUUACAUACAAUGGUUCAAAUUUUGUGUGGACAGUUCGAAAGGGCGAUUUACGAUAACAAGGGGUACCCCACAACAAACGAGCAGUGGAGACUGGCGAAAGAUAUUAUCAAGACGUUUCCUCAAUUGAGACAUACGCGUAUUAAUGAAAAUGCUCCAGAUGAGUCGGCAUUUUUCUGGUGGAAAAGCGGAAAUGCAAGUAGUGACCAUUCCGGUUAUAUCUACCACCGAGUUCGCAAUAUUGAAAAACGAAUUCCCAAAGAAAUAAAAAAAUACUCCAGACCUCCUAAAGAACCAUGCGACUCAAUUCCAACAUUAGUUGAUAAGAAAAUUAUUUUGAGCUUUUUAGUGGAAUGUUUUCACCUGUCAUAAGACGAGUUUGAACAGUCCCAUUGAAUUCCACCACUUAAUUGUAUCCUGACAGAUACGUAUUUCGACCUCAACAGUAAGGCCGUCUUCAGUGUCUUGUACUUGACUCGACUUGAAGAAAAUGAUCGCAGCUUACACUAUUUAUACUAUGCGUAGGUAUAAUAAUUUAUCUAGGUACUUAUCUUACUACGGUGCUUAUUUCUACUCGCUUGAUGCGCUUAAUGCUUAGGUAUAAACUUGAAGAGCCAGGAGCUACCAUUUCCUUGAUCUUUAUUCAACAACCGCGUUUGUACCUGUCGGUAGAUUUCCAAGCUCUCAGCAACAUCAAGUUUCCACGGAGAAGAGACAUUUCUUAAAAUUUUAAUGUUUGAUGUCGUAAUUGAAUGAUUUUCCUGAUAUACAUGUUCAGCUACCUUAGACCUAAACUCAUAAUUUAAUCCCUUAUCAG